AUGGCGAAUAUCGAGCUAGGCCGACCUAACCAGCACGAGGACGGCUUCUUCCCAGCUCCCCGGGGGAACGGGCUCGGCACGGCGGAGGGGCGAGCGGGGCUGCUGUUAAAGCAGCAGCUGGUCCGAGGCAGGAGCCCGCUGGGAGCGAUGGAGAGCCGGCAGUGGGUGUUACCGUUUGGGAACGGGGUGAAUGUCGAAGGAGCAACGCACAAGCAAGUGGUGGACCUGAUUCGCGCCGGAGAGAAGGAGUUAAUUCUGACCGUGCUGUCCGUGCCUCCCCACGAGGCAGAUAAUCUCGAUCCCGGUGACGACUCUUUGGGGCAGUCGUUCUACGACUACACGGAAAAACAGGCUGUGCCCAUCUCCAUCCCCACGUACAAGCACGUGGAGCAAAACGGCGAGAAGUUUGUGGUCUACAACGUUUACAUGGCGGGCCGCCAGCUCUGCUCGAAGCGGUACCGGGAGUUUGCCAUCCUGCACCAGAACCUGAAACGGGAAUUUGCCAACUUCACUUUUCCACGGCUCCCGGGGAAGUGGCCGUUCUCUCUGUCGGAGCAGCAGCUGGACGCCCGGCGGCGAGGGCUGGAAGAGUACCUGGAGAAAGUGUGUUCAAUACGUGUCAUUGGGGAGAGCGACAUCAUGCAGGAGUUCCUGUCGGAGUCGGACGAGAAUUACAACGGCGUCUCGGACGUGGAGCUCCGCGUCGCGUUGCCAGAUAUAACAACAGUGACCGUCAGAGUCAAAAAGAACAGCACUACAGACCAGGUGUACCAGGCUGUGGCUGCGAAAGUCGGAAUGGACAGUAUUACCGCCAACUACUUCGCCUUGUUUGAAGUGAUCAAUCAUUCCUUUGUGCGUAAACUGGCGCCCAACGAAUUCCCCCACAAACUCUACGUGCAGAACUACACCUCGGCAGUGCCGGGAACGUGCCUGACCAUCCGGAAAUGGCUCUUCACUACAGAGGAGGAGGUUCUUCUCAAUGACAAUGACCUGGCAGUCACUUACUUCUUCCAUCAGGCUGUUGAUGAUGUCAAGAAAGGCUACAUCAAAGCAGAGGAGAAGUCCUACCAGUUACAGAAGCUGUGUGAGCAGAGAAAGAUGGUCAUGUAUUUAAACAUGUUACGGACAUGCGAGGGUUACAACGAGAUCAUCUUCCCCCAUUGCUCCUGUGACUCUCGGCGGAAGGGACAUGUGAUUACAGCCAUCAGCAUUAAGCACUUUAAACUCCACGCCUGCACAGAGGAGGGCCAGCUGGAGAACCAGGUAAUAGCGUUCGAAUGGGACGAAAUGCAGCGGUGGGACACGGACGAAGAGGGAAUGGCCUUUUGUUUUGAGUAUGCACGAGGAGAGAAGAAACCCCGAUGGGUUAAAAUCUUCACCCCCUACUUCAACUACAUGCACGAGUGCUUCGAACGGGUUUUCUGCGAGCUCAAGUGGAGGAAGGAGGUGGAGGAGGAAGCAACAGACAAGGAUAACGAGAACUACAGUAAAGACAAUAUGUGCAGCAAG